GCUGGAGGAGCGCGAGCUCCCCCACUGGCGCGCUCUCACAGCAUCAUGGCGGACGGUCACUCGCACGGCGGCGGAAGCUCGGUCCCGGUGCUGCUGUCUCUCUCGGUGUUCUCGCGGCCCACCACAGUGCCCGCCGGCUCGGGCUAUGAGGUUCUUAUCCAGAAGUUUCUGUCGAUAUACGGGCCGCAGGUGGACGUGCACCGCAAGUUCCUGAUGCAGGUGUUCUCUGAGGAGUGGGGGCAGUACAUCGACCUGCCCAAGAGCUUCACCAUCUCCGAGAAGUGCAGGCUGAGGCUGGUGCCGCUGCAGACGGACAUCACAACGCUGGGCAACAUCUCCCCGGCCACCACCGCCUUCUUCUGCUGCGACAUGCAGGAACGGUUCAGGCCCGCCAUCAAGUACUUUGGUGACAUCAUCAGCGUGGGCCAGAGGCUGCUGCAGGGAGCUCGUAUUCUGGGAAUACCUGUGAUCGUGUCUGAGCAGUAUCCUAAAGGCCUGGGCAGCACGGUGCAGGAGAUGGACCUGACAGGAGCCAAGAUGGUCUUUCCUAAAACCAAGUUCUCCAUGGUGCUGCCGGAGGUGGAGGCCACCCUGGCUGAGAUGCCUGGAGUCCGUAGCAUCGUCCUGUUUGGAGUGGAGACUCACGUGUGUAUACAGCAGACGGCUCUGGACCUGAUAGGAAGAGGUUAUGAAGUCCACAUUGUAGCUGACGCAACUUCCUCCAGGAGCAUGAUGGACAGAAUGUUUGCACUAGAGCGUCUAGCUCGAACAGGAAUCUUAAUCACCACCAGCGAGUCUGUCCUGCUCCAGCUUGUAGCCGACAAAGAACAUCCCAAAUUCAAAGAGAUCCAGAACAUCAUUAAAGCCAGUGCUCCUGAGUCUGGCCUGCUGUCCAAGGUGUGAGAACAUCUGGCCACUGAAAUGUGAGGCAACCCAAAAAAUGUUUGGAUUUUGGCUGUUGUCUCUUACAGAUUUUGCAAAAUACACUUUAGAUAUUAAUGGGGUUAUAUUCUGAACGUUUUUCAAACAUAGAAGUAAAUUUAUGUGUUUCAAAUCGUACCAAAUUAAAAUGAAAACAGGUUAAAAGUAGAGUUUUUAGGUGGUGGUGGGUUAGAUGACAUUUACUCUGUGGUGUUUGUUCUGUGCUUAGCAAGAAAACUGUGUGACUUGCCUAUAGUCAUACAAAUGUACCAUAAUAAUGGAGGGCUCAUUGAUUAAAUUGGAACAGCUAAAGUUUAAGUUCUGCUGUGCACCAGACCAAUAUGAAACCAUUUGGCCUUAACGAUCUUAAAGAACACCACUGCAAAUUCAAAAUGCCCAAGAAAUUGGAUAAACCCUCUGUUAUGUUUAACUAGAAUCCAUUAAAAUGGUAUUCUGAUUUUACAAUUCAUUAUAAUGUUGCGGCCAUAAACACUGUUAAAUGUCCAUUAACAGAAAAUAUGUAAAAAAAAAUCUAAUGUUAAUUAAUAAUAAAUUGAAGGUAAAGUUGUCAGAUUAAUGAACUGAUAAAGUACACUAUAAACUCAUAUAAACGCAUGUUUGUAUUGUGGGUGUUGGUGUAUUCCGGGGGUGUUUGGCUUAGACAGGGUUACUCAACAUAAAAAUACAAUUACAAAGUAAUAUCUUUGAUUCUGUGUUUAAAAAAGAACAAGGUUUCCAAUUUUCAUUUAAUCCUCCUAAUCACUAGCUUUAUUUAUUGACAGCCUAUUUUCCCAGCUGUAUGUGAGCUGUUACAGAAUUGGCAAUGGUUAAUGAUUUGGAGAAAUGCUACUGCAGGCAGACUACCUCUUUACUGAGUUUACUGAUUUGGUCAAAUUCUUGAUUUAGUGAAUGUGUGCAUGUUUGUUAAGGCAUGACCUUUUUUACACCCUAAUUAUUCAUAAAGAUCAAAGAACAAACUAUGGAAAUAGGAGUUAUUGUUAUGGAAGACAUGAAUUGAAAAAUGAGCUAAUGUAGCACACUUUAAAGUUACUGAUCUCUGAUUUCUUUUUUUGCUGUUUCUGUUGUAUUUGUGUUAAAAUAUUUUGUAGGUUCUUUAUGUGGUAUUUUCCUGUUUUCGGUGUUUUCUGACUUUGUUUAUGCACUCUAAAACAUGGAAUGUGCACUAAAGUUACAUCAUCCUUUAAAUCUGGAUGGAAAGAUGGCUGUGUGUGCUUGUUGCCCAGUGUCCAGUCCAGCUUCUCACUCUGUUUAUUGUCUGUUUUUUUAAUUCUACUUUUUUAUUAUUUUGUUUGUUAUCUUUUAAGCAAAGAUAUGCAAAGACAUAUAUUCAUGGUGCAGAAUAAACAGCAGGGGGUUUUCCUGGAACUACAGGCACUUUUUGGCCUUGUGAUUAAAAGACGAGGCCAGGUCUUUUUUUGGUGAUUUUUGGUUAAAUGUAAUAUAGAAAACAGCUAAGUAAACUUCUAAAUAGAUAUAUUUAUAAGGAUGUUUGACAUUUUGUUGUUUUAUGGUUAUACUGUCACUGUUUAAUUCAUUUUUGGCCUUAAUGACAUAUUGAUUUAAAUGAUGUUUUAUUGUCUAUAAACAUACAAGUAAUUUGUGAUAAAUGGACCAGAUAGAAGUGAUCUAGAAUCAUGUGGAAUUAAUUGAUGCUGCACAAUAUAUCGUUUCAGCAUUGUCAUCGCAAUGAGUGCAAAUACAAUAGCCAUUUCAAUAUGUGCAAUGUUACAUAAGGCCAAUUACAUCAUGCAUUAUGCUAUAACUGGUUUGCAGCAAAAAUGUUUUUAAACAUCAUCUGAUCUCAUUUUCUUUGAUAUAUCUUUAAGAGUCAGAUUAUAUCUGCUUAAUAUCAUUUAUUUUACAAAUCUUUGGUACACAGAUUUUAUGAUUAAUAUCAGGACAAGAAAUCUUGUAAAAAAUAAUUUAUAUAUUUUCUAAUUGUAAUACAUAUUGCAAAGCAGUGAAAUAUCCAAAUGUCCGUUUUUUUGUUUGUUUUUUUUUAAUAAUGUGCAUCAAAUUGAAAUUAGCUUAAAUUACAUUACCUUACAUUCUGACAAAUAUUUUUUAAUGUGUGAUUGUGUUUUCUUUCAUAAAAUGCUACAAUAUCAAGGUCUCAUACAAUAUAGUUAUUGUCUCAUAUCAGUUUUAUACUUAUUAGAGAACCCGCUGAUAUAAAACAUAUGAUGAUACAGGAGAUACAGCAUUUACAGUAUUUAACACACUGUGAUAUACAGUAUUGAGAUACUGUCAGAAAGGGCAUUUUUUUGCCAUUUUUAAAUCACAUUUAGGUCAACUUUGACAGUGUAAAAAAAAAAGACACCCACCAACAACAAAUCCGAACAGUUGCCUGACACCAAAUCAAAAAAUCGUUAUUAUUGAGAAAUCAUAAUACUUAAUAUUUCAGUACAUUUGUAUAAUCAUUUAUGCCCAUAAUACAUGUUGUUUAUUUAAUUUGUCUUGUUUAAAAAAAAAAACAUCAUCCAGCAUAUCACUGCUGUCACAUACGAAUAAAUAUAGUAAAUUACACUCAGCAGAAAUCUUGAAAAUCAAAUUUGCUGAUUGAAUUAUUAUAAGCUACCACAUAACCUUGGAAUCUGGAAGAGCAAAUGUUUUUAUUUUAGUUAUUUUUAUCAUUGUUAAAGAAUGUUUAGCUGUAGCAGACAGACUGUAUAAAGUGCCUGUAGUUCCACAAGCAAACUUCUGCAAUUUCCCUUCCCCUCCAGAUUAUCCACAGUAUAAUCAUUCCUGUUUUUCUAUCCCUGUAAAAAUCAGCUGACACACAACCUGUCUGUGUCUCGCUUAAGUGUAUCUAGACCUGAAGUGAGUGUGCAAAUGUAAACCAGCCUGUGUGUGUAAGUGUGUGUAAACAGAAAGAAUAUAUACAGUGCCUAUUUAUGAACUGUCCAAACUGAUUGUACCUUUUGCGUUUAGCCGACUUUCUGAUGUGAUGAAAUAGAUUUAACGUUUCUGUAAACCGAUAACAUUUUUUGUAACAGCAAACAUAUACAGUAAGUAAUAAAUGUUUAUAUGCAUUAUGGAA